AUGUAUACUCCAUUGGUGAUUGAAAGCUCCUCUCUCUCCGACUCUCGGAAGCUAGUCAGGGAAAAGAUCAUACCAUGGGAGGGAUUGGCUCGUGCUGGCAUUAUCAGUAAUGACCAGGCGGAUCUCAUUAAGAUUUUAGAGACUCAGAAUGCUGACUCCAAGAGGGAGACGGUGUUGAAUUCUGUUGAUUUAUAUUCCAAGACCAUUUUGAACUUGUUGAAUAAGUUGGAGAUUAAUUCUAGAGACGAUGUGUUGAAGAGCGUUUUGGUCUUGUUGAGCGACUUGUUUACCGAUCCUCAGGCUAAGGUGUUCUUGGAUACGCUUUUGGGUUUGUCUAAGGUUGACGAGUCCUUGCCAUUUAAUCCAUUUGUGAAGCACUUGGACAAUAACGAUCUGCUCAUAAAGACCUUGAGUUUCUAUAACUUGGUUAUCUUGUUGGGUAAAGCCGCCAAGGAUGGCGUUCAGGUCGAUAAGGAAGUGUUGAUUAAGCUCUUUGACUUGGUCUGUUCCAAGCAAUACAUUGGCAAUGCUGCUGACCAGAACCUGCAAUCCAUUGGAGUCCAGUUGUUGCAGGACUUGAUCAUCAACAAGGGCUACCGUGCUAUUUUCCAGGAGCACAACUUGGUGUCUAACUUCAAGAGUAUAAACUCUUUAAUAGAGUUGCUGGCCAAGAAACCCAACAGCAUCAACUUUCAGCUCUUGUACUAUGUGUUUUUGACUGUGUGGAUCCUCAGUUUCUCCAGCUCCAUUAACAAGACCAUUGUUCAUAACUUCCCCCAGCUUAUCGGCAGUCUUUUGACCGUGUCCAAAGAGUCCAUCAAGCUUAAGGUGGUGAGAGUGGCUAUUUCUACAUUGAAGAACUUUGUGGCUGUCACGGUGAGCAACCUGGAACGGUACAGUGUGGUUAAAUUGGUUCUUUUCCACGACGGAUUGAACGUUGUCAAGACUAUUCAAACAAGAAAGUUUGCUUCCAACGGCAGUGACGAUGAGUUGUCUGGCGACUUGGCUUACUUGAAUGAUACCUUGUCUGAGGUUGUGUCUAACAAAUUGUCCUCGUUAGAUGAGUACUUGGUUGAGUUGGAAAACCCUGAGUUGUUGAGCUGGUCCUCGCCUACGCACAAGUCGACCGAUUUUUGGCAAGAAAACUCCCACAAGUUCAAGGACAACAACUUCAAGCUUGUCAAGAGAAUGUUGGAUAUCUUGUCUGGUGACGAAACACAAAACAGCAGCAACGUUUCCAAGGUUAUCAUGUUGAACGAUAUCCAGUUCUUGAUCAAGAACUUGGGGUCCGAUGUCAUUAACUUCCUUAAUACUGAAAAGGGCGGUAAGUACAAGCUCUUGAUCAUGACCUUAUUGGAGAAUAACGGUGGUGACAAUGAAUUGAAAUACGAGGCCUUGAGAACUAUCCAACAUUUGUUCAGAGAAGAGCGAGAAAGGACAUUCACAAAUGGUGUUCAGAUCCCUACUACGAGAAUUGUGAAGAAAUGGGAACACGACGUGCCCUCCAUAGCCUCAUUGGUCGACAACGGCUUCUACUACACUCCCACACGAAAGAACCAGGAUCAGGUUACAUGCUUCUGGUGUGGCAAGAAAGAAAACAACAUCGUUGGCGUUCGAGCUUUGGGAAGCCAUCAUCUACGGACGAGUCCCAAGUGUGCCUAUGGGCUAAUACAGUCGAACAUGGAGUACUAUGUUUCUGCUCGUGAUAAAGAAGGGUUUUGGCACCUGCUAGCCGAGGAAGGAAGGGCUCCCAAAUCAGUCACGGAUCCACAUUCUAAAGAAUCAAUCAAUUUACGUGCUUCUACAUUCAAGGAUCUUUGGAAACUAGAUACUCAGAAGAAGUGUACGGCGACAUCAAGAGACUUAGCUAAAGCUGGCCUUUACUAUAGUCCUUUGGAUAAAGACAACGACCGUGUUAUUUGCAUGUACUGUGACUGUCCUCUAGAUCAUUGGGAUCCUGAAGAUGACCCGUUGCAAGAACAUAAAGCUAAUUCAUACGCAUACUGCCAUUUCUUGGAGAGUUUGCCUGAUGCAGAGAACAAAAAGAAUGGCGUGCAAAAACCUGCUCGUGAAAAGAGUAUACCGUUGCCAGAUGAUUCACUUGAUGAUAUUGACGACUCCAUGGUUUCGGCACUAAGUACGAGAGGUAACUCUCCCGAACCAACGAAGCAGCAUUCGAUAGAUAAAUCGAAGGAUUCGUCCUACAGCUCUCCCCUUAAUCAAUCACUUAAUAGAGGGCCUUCGCCUUCGUCGUCUCCUGAGCCCGAACUCCAUAAAGAAUCUGAAUUUGAUGCUUACGAUUUUUCCAUUGAAGAUAUUGAGGACCCUGACCAUGGUUCCAUCUUUGACAACGGCACUAAUAAGGUAUAUUCGAGAAAGAAUAGAUCUCGGAAGCCUCCUCCGCCACCUCCAGCUUCCCUUCGGGAGAAACGCAAAUCGUCGUUAAUGUUACAGGUUGACAAAUCCCAUGAAUCAGACGAAUCAACCAACCGCUCUGUCAUGCUGGCCCACACUACAGACCAACACAACAAAAGCCUGUUAACCUCUCAAAGCCCACAAUCUGCUCAUGGCAAAGCUCAAAAUAUUGACCAAAUCACCAUCGAGGAUGACGACGGCGAUGAUGAUGGUAUGCCUGAUAACACUCAGGGCACGCUGGAUCCUUUGGACGACCUGGGCUCUAAUUUCUCUAUAUCUGAUGACGACGAUCUGUCAUAUCUGGAGAAUGGGUCUGAAGUAAAGACUCCAGCACGGAAAGAGGUACGCAAACAAGAUAAGGAUGAUCAACUUGAAUCGAACAAGCAACUGAAGAAGCGACAUCUGGACUCCUCAGAUCAAAGCAUGGAUUCUGACCGCUUCCAACAAAUUCUAGCGUCUCCUGGUAAGAAGAAGAAAGUCAAACUCAACCUGGGCAAGAGCAACUACCAACCAAAAGAUGAUAUACUCGAUCUAUCCGGUCACAACCUUGGUGACUUCAACGAAUCCAACAUUUCAUACUUGGAAGCACAGCAUCAACCUUCUCGAAGAAAGUCAAGCUCUGAAGGUGACGAAGAAAAACCAAAACCAAAACCAAAGCCUGUUCUUUCUACAGAACUUUCGACCAAAGUCAAAAAGUCUGCUUUUGACGACGAUGAUGAUGAUUUUGACUUUUUCGUACAGCGGACCAAAAAGACAAAAGCGAAGGAAGAUAAAAAGGAAAGUGAAAGCCAGGUAGAGCAGCCCAAUGGUCAAGAUAAGCAGGUUGAAAAUAAUGAUUUGGUGGAUAUCUCCGCAUCGACAGACGUUGAAUUGCAUAAUAAAACUAGGGCGGUUGAUGAAAAAUUAGACGUCGAACUGGCAGAGAAAAGGGUGGUGAGUACUACCGAAGGCAGUGAUGGCAUCCCUCAGCUGGAUGUCCAGAAUGUCGAAGCUGAAGAUGAUCUAGAUGAAAUGGAAAUCGAAACUGCUGAUGAUAAGGAAGGACUGAAAGAAAAGCUGGCGGAGGAAGUCGAGGCAAAGAGUGUUGAUGGUUCUCCUGCCAUGGUUGACCAUGACACUGAUAAAAAGGAAUUGUCAGUAGAUGCUGAGCCUGCUGAUAUUUCUUCCGCUGCUCCGCAACCAGCUGUUGUGGUUGGGGAGAAAGAAGGCGGUACUAAAGACGAAGGUGAAGUGGAACUUUCCAAUAAUAGUCUAGCCGACACUAAGGAAGAUGCAUCUGAAGAUUUCGUUGACACCCAAGCAGAAUUCGGAGAUGCUGAUGAGCCUACAAGGGAACCGUCAAAGCCUGAUGAGACACUGAUUGCAUCUGAAGGUAAUGAUGAUGAUGAAAAUGAUACUGACAAGGGAAGCGACUUUACGCUCUCGCCAUCAUCGUAUGGCGAAUAUGUUAAGGAUAUGCGGAGUAUGGAAGAUGAGUUUGUGGACGCCUCUGCGAUACAAGAAAGUAAGGGAGGUAAUCUUUUGAUCGAUCAAAGUUCCAAAUCCAAUUUACUUGAAAAUGUUGAUGAAGAGCCAAUCUUACUGGAAGAAGAUAAUGACAUGGUUAUGUUUGAUGAGCGGGACGUGAAGAAAGAGUCUGUCAAAAUAAAUGAGGCAUUGGCUCAAGAGGCUGAAGAAGAAAAUAGGCUAGUUCUUUCAAGGCCAUUGGACAACAAACUCGAGGCGAAACGUUCUUUGGAAAGUGACGUGAGCGAGCCGACUGCUUCUACAGCCUUGGUUCGGGUAGCAGAUGCGCAAGAGGAUGUUGAAAUGGAAGAGAGCGAUGCUGAGAGCUCCCACAAGCCUGAUGAUUCAGAAGAGAAGCCAAAUGAAAGUGAGUUUGCCGAAAGCUCUGGAACUGACAACAUGGUCGUUGAUGAAGCGCCUACAGAAGUGCCUGUUGAGGAGAAGGAAAAUAAAGAACCCCAAACAAGCUCCCCAGCAAAAGAAGAAAUUCAACCUUCAUUUGAUCAAGCAGUUGAAGCGACACCUCAAACUAAUAACCAGAUCCAGCGAAUCCCACCGCUCAACAUCUCAGAAGAAACCAAUCUUCAGCCCAUUUCUAGUCCCGGCUACAACGAAUCACCACACAAUCGCACAUUUAUAGAGGACUCGCUGAUGCCAGAGGCAGAAGAGAAGCUGUUUGAAGAUGAACCUAUGGAGGUGGCCAAGGUCGACCAAACACCAGAAAUUCCCGAGAAGCCCUUACCGCCGCUUGAAGGGCUCUCUGGCUCCUUCAUUGAAUCCAGUACACCCCAGAAGGAAACAAAGCCACGAGAAGAUGCCGUAUACAAGUACCAUAAUCGGAUCGAUGCUACGAAAUUGGGUAAUAUUGUCGAGGAACUCAAGACCUUAAAAGACACGAUGGAGUACCUUGCCGAAGUGUCAUCUGCAAGCUGCGAGCUCCACAACGAUACCGAGGGUAUUUUAACCGAUUUCAUUGCUGCAAUGCCUGAAGAAGAAGAGAUGAUGACAAUCAAAGAAUGGAUGCAACAUAAUGCUGCGACCUGUGGCAGGACAGUGAAAGCCAUUGCCGACCGUAUGAUCGAAGCCUACGAAGCUGAAUUCGAUAGUCUUAUCGAACACGUCAAUGGUUUGAACACCACUGACUAA